AUGUCUGACUCGAGACAUAACGACCAGCGGGCUGCUCUGAAGCCUUUAACAGAGCAGCAGAACCGCAUCAUAGCAAUGCUCUUGGAGAAAGCUACAUUCGAGGUUGGACGGCGUCAAGGCUCGAAGCUUACUGGCAUCUCUAAGCAAGGAGACAAUGUCUCCCACCUUAUGCCACCAAACACCAGCAGCUUGGCUAGUUUGUUGACUCCUUCCUUUGGGAUGGCCAUUCCUCCCAUGAAGAACAAGAUUUCGACAACUACGUAUCCUAAGAUACCAAGUAUAGAGGCGUCGAAAUUGGACGACGACAAACCAAUGUGCAGAACAGAAAGCUCGGGUACCUCAUGGUCGACUGGUGGUAUUUCGAUAGACAGCGGAUGCUUCUGUUCAGCUGGAAGUACGACUGAGAGCUGCACUCAUGCUCCAUUGGAAGAUGCCUUCAGGGGCUUCCCUAUUCCUCUAAAGUCGCAAGACUUUGAUUUUACAGAAUCCAUUCCCUGGAACGCGGAAUUGACUGAGGCUUUCGAGGAAUAUCAAAAUCUCGACCUAUCUCAGUUUCCCUAUAUUCUUGCUCAAGGGCCAGAUCCUAAGUCCCAGUCCGCUCUCCCGGUUUCCACAGAUCCUUCGGACUGUGGCUAUAGUCGAGAAACUUCGGAGGAUAGUGUCGAGACGUACUGCAGUAGCGACCAAGCCUCUUCAUCGUCUGCAGUCGCAGAGAGAAGAAAGCAUCAACUGGUGGCUCAAUUAAUGGCGAGACUCCAGGAGUGGCUUGAGGUGGCACUCAAAAGACACGGGGUUCAGAACGGCCAGUCUACUUCGAGUGGUAGCCCUACACCAGUGAUCACAGCAACCGGUCGUAGUGGAGAGUCAUCAAACAGCCAAAACAAAAGAAAGCAUCAGGGAAGUGACUCUGAUGAUGAGUUUGGUGAGGAUGAUGAGACACCAGAUCGGGCCCAGAAGAAGCGGAAAGGCAGCAUUGAUAUCGAAACCAGAUAUGUUUGUCCUUUCUUCAAGCAUAAUCGCGAGAGGUAUAAAACAUCACACUGGAAAAGUUGUUGCUGGCCGGGCUGGACCUCUGUUCAUCGGGUCAAAGAGCAUAUAUAUCGGCGACAUAGGCUUCCCAGGUUCCGAUGCAAUAGAUGCAGGCAAGACCUCAAAUCAGCUUUCAACCUCAACGAACAUCAGCGAGCGGACACCAUCUGCCAGAGACAAAUUGAAGAGCCUGAGGAAGAAGGAAUCAACGAAGAGCAAGAGAGACUACUCCGCAUCAGAAAGAGGAAGAGUGGGAAAGCUCGACAAGUUACUGAAGAAGAGAAAUGGGUUGAGACGUACAAGAUUCUCUUCCCUGACGAUGAUCCUGUCCCCUCUCCAUAUCCGGAACUCUGCCCUUUGCAAAUUGAGCAACCCGAGCAAGACAUCGAGCAGGCUGGAGCGAAUUUACUGGACAACUUUGAGGACUACGCACGACGUGAGUUCUCAGUACGUAUGCGGCCUCGCAUUGAGAAUUUAGUCGAUGGACUUAUGGAGCAAACCUUCACUUCUCAAACGAUCACCGAUAUCGCUACUAAUGUCCUUCAAGAUAUUAUGGAAUCUUUUCGUAAGGGCAAGAGAAAACCGGAAAUUGGGGGGUAUUCCCUCUCAAGGAGACGCAGGUCGCCCUCGAGAAGUCCAGACCCUCAACCAGCUGAAAGCUCUCAUCAAGUACCUCGAGAAAUCCAUAAUUUUGAAACUGAGCCAUAUCCAAACUUGGAGUUUGAUCUGGAUGAGAUUCUAAACUCAUUAGAUGCUAAUCAGUAUUUGGAACUUGGACGUUGGGGAAUAGAAGAUGAAGGCAUGAAAACAUUCAAUCAUUUCGGGCUUCAGGUUGAGCAGUAUAGCAAGGCAAAUGCCUAA